UUACAUAAAGGCGACUUUGUGCACCAUAGUGUGUUUCAGUCUAUUCAGAUCAAAGCGAAAGAAGAAGAAAUGCUCUGCCUCAGGGGUUUCAGUGUUUUCCUCUCAUGUAUUGUCCUUCUCAUUGUUCAGUCAAGUCGUGGUUCUGAGAUCAUUGGAGGUAAUGAAGUGCAGCCACACUCGCUGCCUUACAUGGCUCUGCUGGAGACUGACAAACCGAUAUGUGGAGGGGUACUAAUUGAUCAAGCAUGGGUCCUGACUGCUGCACACUGUCCUAGGUAGGAAUCUUUCCCCAAAUUCAUUAAGAAGGUGUUGCUGGGGGUGCACUCCAUCAAAGCAGAUGAAAAAGAUUUCCGACAGGUCCGAAAGGUGAAAAAAAGUUUGCCUCAUCCCUGCUAUGAUGGCACGGACAAGGUCAAUGACCUCAUGUUACUCAAGCUGGACAAGAAAGUGAAAAAAACCAAAGCUGUAAACUGGCUCACGCUGCCCAAAACCAGUAAGGAGCCAAAAGCUGGCAGCGUCUGUGUGGUGGCUGGAUGGGGAACUACUAAAAACAAUGUCAAUCGAAUGUCAGAUGUCCUGAGGUCUGUCAAUGUUACAGUGAUUGACAGAGUGAAGUGCAACUCAGCUGAUUAUUACAGCCUCAAUCCUGUUAUCACCAGCAGCAUGAUAUGUGCUGGUUCGAAUGGUAGAAACGCAGCUGAUACCUGUCAGGGGGAUUCAGGAGGACCUCUCAUGUGCAAUGGUGUGCUAGCUGGAAUCACUUCCUUUGGACGGAUGUGUGGUCUCAUUAAAAAACCCGGAGUUUACUCUUUUCUGUCAGAAAAACAACUCAAGUGGAUCAAAGAUACAAUGAAAGGAUCUAAAAAAGAAAUGUACUGCCCCGGAUUUUUCAGUGUCUUGAUCGCAUGUCUCGUUCUUCUCAUUGUUCAGUCAAGUGAUGGUUCUGAGAUUAUUGGAGGCAAUGAAGUCAAGCCACACUCACUGCCUUUCAUGGCUCUGCUUGAGGGUAACAAGGGCAAUUGUGGAGGGAUACUAAUUGAUGAAGCAUGGGUCCUGACUGCUGCUCACUGUGAUAAAAUUAAGAACGUGUUGCUGGGAGUGCACUCCAUCAGUAGAGAUAAAAAAAAGCAGAUCCAAAAGGUGAAAAUACGUUUUCCUCAUCCCUGUUUUGAUGCAAAAGACGGGGUCAAUGACCUCAUGUUACUCAAGCUUAACAAGAAAGUGAAGAAAACUGAGAUGGUUAAUUGGCGCAAGUUGGGCAACGCUGUCAAAUAUCCUGCAGCUGGAAGCAUCUGUGUGGUGGCUGGAUGGGGAGCAACUAAAAGCAAAGCCGAGCAAAUGUCAGAUGUCCUGAGGUCUGUCAAUGUGACAGUGAUUAACAGAGGGAAGUGCAACUCACGUGCCUAUUACAACCUCGAACCUGUUAUCACCAGCAGCAUGAUAUGUGCUGGCUCAGAGACAGCAGAUACCUGUCAGGGAGAUUCAGGAGGACCGCUGUUGUGCAGUGAUGUGCUAACAGGAAUCACUUCCUUUGGACCUAAGGAGUGUGGUAACAAAACACACCCUGGAGUGUAUGCUUUUCUCUCAGAUAAACAGCUCCAGUGGAUCAAAAAAACUAUGACUCAAAAUUAG